CCCACCCCGAGGCUCAGUGUGUCCCCCCCGAUGCCCAGGAUGUGGUGGCCCACUCUACUGGCCCUACUGGUCCCCGCGGUGGUGGUGGCCCAGCUGCACCCCCAGCAGGAGCUGGACGCCCAGUGGGACCUGUGGAAGAAAACCUACGGCAAGCAGUACAACGGCCAGGUGGAUGAGGUGGCCCGGAGGCUGAUCUGGGAGAAGAACCUCAAGUACAUCAACACCCACAACCUGGAGCACGCCAUGGGCCUCCACACCUUCGA